AUGCCCAAACAACCCAUUCCCGGGGUAGGCAAAUUCAAAGUUACCGGAAACAGCAGACAACCGCUAGCAAUACGCCAGGAAAACAAGAAUAUAAACACUCCGUCAGCGCAAGUAAAGGAUUUACUAGCAGCUCAUGAUUACCCAACACCCAAUACCUCCUCUGAGGACCUAGAGAAAAAAUCCCACAAGCCCACAAGCACGUUCCAGUUGCCAGAAGAGUUCUCAAGAGCAAAGUGCGAUGAACUCCUGUCCAAGUAUUCGGAAGCAGUUCAUCCGUUUGUUCCUGUUAUUGAUAUCCGUCACUUCUGCUCUGUGUAUGAGAAACCGUGGCCAAAUAAUGACCAUUUCGUGCUCGAACUACUCACAAUAGUUUAUUCAGCCACGAUAAUCACCAAGAUGCCAUCACAGGCGCUGAUAGACCUGGUGUUCAGGUAUCUGAGCAUUGUGCCUCCUUUACAAAAGUGCAAGUCCCUGAUAAUUCUGCUGUUUGUUCAGCCUAAAAACCCAUUUGGAUCGAUAUCGACGUUACUAAAUAUUUCGAACUUGCUCGAGCUACAGAGAGAUCCAGUUUCGUACCACCAGAUUCAAGAUGCUGGAGAGAUCCAACUUCGUAGAACACUUUGGUGGCUGCUUGUGCAGCUGGAUUGUUUUUCUUCCCUGAGAAACGAUUUUCCACCUGCUACAUCAAGAAAUCUGGUCGACACAAAAAUGCCAAGCGAAAAUUGGUCCGCCGAUGGGGCCUCAAUUAAUCCGAGCAUGGCUCUACUCUGCGGCGUCUCUCACUGGUGUAUGUGUUGUAACGAGGUUUGGGAGGGAAAACACAGCCACCAGCCGACCAGUUCAGGCCAAGCGGCAAAAUUCAAAAUGGAUGUCGAAAACCUUGCAAUCGCCUGCUCCGCUACAAUCCAGAAAUUAGCAAACUCCGCUACCUCGCAAAAAGAAAGCGACUUUAUACAGCUCGCAAUUGCAGUGCUUGCUUCCUUGCCUGACAGGCUAAAACUCAUCAUCGAAUUGGCAACAGAUAAGGUGGGGUUGGUUGCGUUUUAUCGGACUGACCAUUAUCUUAUACAAUCUUUGCUAAUUCCCUCAUAUUCCAAUUUUGCUUGGUACUCGUUCUUUGAGCCACUACAAAUUUGCAUCAACUUGUUCCGUUCGAUCCUGAACCAGAUCCGCUACCAGCAUAGCAAAUCGUCGAUUGUCUCGAGUGCCAAUUUCAGAUUGUUGCAAAAAGCUAUACAAUGUAGCUCCCGCCCCCAGCUGAAAAUAUUGUUCAAUGAAUUGUGGAGUCAAUUUUUCAUUUCCCAACUGGGAGGCUUACAAAUCAAUAAGCUUCACGGGAUGCAUAGAAACGUGACUGCCCUUAAACUCCGAUACUUCGACCAAGAAUUGCUAGCUAUUACUAAUUACUCGGGUGGAUUUUUUUGA